AUGGAGUUAAGAGGUUUUUUUGCAGUGAGUAUAUCAAAAAAGGGCCAAUUUAUUAAGCCGCAUACUACUUCAGUUCUAAGUUGAGAGUGACUUUUGCAAUUCUGGGGACCGAGUUUCGUGAAAUGAGUUUUACGGACGGGGCCUGCAGGCAGUGCUUUAUUCAGAGUUUACAACUUAAAACAAAGCAAUUCUAGUUAUAUGCAGUCGAACCUCCCGAAAUGCAAAGGUUUAGAGCUGGUCACUUAGGGUUGAUUUCCACUGUCGCGUAAUUUUUCCGUGCGAAUGCACGUGAAAUUUACAUGCGUAAAUGAGAUAGAGGCAAUGUAUGAAAGGCCGCGCGUUACAAGCGUAAAAGUUGAACCUCCCUCAACUUUCACGCUUACGCGUGAACGUCCAUACAUUGCCUCUAUUUUAUUUACGCGCGUAAAAUUACACGACAGUGGAAAUCAACCUUUACGGGAAAGAAGGUCUUCGCUUUGAAGAAUCGAACCACUUUUUGCGGUAGAAUUUAUUGCUUGCAAUUUCUAAGUUACGUAUACGUGUAAUUUUGUUUUGACACUUCAUAAGUUCUUCGUUGAGCGUCGUAGUACUUACAGCGAGCAACAAUGCAUCAAGUGGUCACCGGCUUACAGGAGGUUAAAUAUAAUGGGAAACAAUAAAAACACCUAACCAAAAAGUAGUCAAAGGCGCUUACGAGAGGUUCUAACUGAUUGAGAAUUGACUGGGACAAAAAGGUUUUCUAGGCAGGUGGUUGCUUCUUAUGGGAAGUGGUCGCUCAGUACGAGGUCUUACGAAAGGUAAUCGCACAUGGAGGUUGAGUUUGAGGGUAAACUAUUUUCGAAUUUUGUUUGAUUUUUGUUUCAACUUAUCUUAUCUGCUUUCUUUGUUCCUAGACUGUUUUCGCCUUUUUGUUUACUGUGGAAGUAUACUCUCGCCUCUCUCGCCCACGGAGUUUUUAUUAUGUUGGUUUUGGGCGCACUAAAGGUGACCGUUAUAUGAUAAUUACGGACAAAUGUGAAAAUAAAAACUCGCAAAGGGAAUGCUCAGCGAUGGCGAAUGGCGAAACGAGCAGAAAUUCAAGCACACGUAAGUUGGCGGGUUUCUUGAUGUUGUUCUACUGCUCUCAGCUACUUUCCAUCUCAAAAUUAUUUUAUAACGGAAAAAAUUUACAAGCAGAAAAAUUCAUAUUUUAUUACUAACGGACGAUCGUGCCGAAAAGAGACGGAUUCAAGAACAGACAAGUUGGCGAGUUUCAUGAUGUGAUUCGACUGCCGUCAGUCACUUUCCAUCUCAAAAUCAUUUUAAGAUGGAAAAGAUUUCUACAAGCCGAAAAUUUAGCCGUAUUUUAUUACCAAAGACAAUCGCGCGACUGCGGGGACCAUGUGGUCUGGCUAAAAAAGUUUAUAUGUUAUUGGCGAUACAACAUGAUUUUUGAUACACCCAGCCCCCACCCGCGGAAAAAUCGUUUUCACUUCUCCUAGAAAUAUUUAAUUUUACAAUGUUAUUCUUCUUUUUACCUAAUUUUGAUUAAUUGAAAAUUUGUCUCCUAUUAUCCCCUUUGGCUCUCUCUGGUUUGAUCAGGAAUGUGUCACCACUUGUCAGAAAAAUAAACUGUGAGAUUUUCUGAAAGGCACUGUUGCAAUGUCAUAAAGCUUAUAUAUAUUCCAAUGUUAUUUUUCUGCAGAUUUUACAUUGGAAAGAAAUACACCUAGACCGAAUAAGCUGAGAUGGAUCUCUUUCAACAACACCUAUUCACUUAUGGUGCAAGGAAACAAUGUCAGCUUCGUGGUAAGUGAGUAUAAGGCUUACAAUUGUGAAACAAUCAUCCUUUUUAAAAAUGGACCUUCCGAUUAUCCUUUACUGCAAUAGAUUUGAUAAAUUAGUUCCCGAUAACUAAAACCUUUAAGGGGAAUCGAGAGGAAUGCAAGUAUCAACCACACUCCACUUCAAGGGCAACGAGAAAAAUAUAUUGAUUAAUCAGUACAGGGAUAAACAUUAUAUUUAAAUUGGACUAAAUAAAAAGUAAAGAUAAAAAAUACACGGUUGUUUUGAAAUAAAUUCAAUGUUUUGAAAUGCAGUUAAACUGUUUUUUUUUUUUUUUUUCGCCUAAUGUCACGCGCUUAAAACUAUGGUUGGAGUUAUCGAGGGUAAAAUAAUUGUAUAGAAUGAUCAGGGGGGAAACAAAAAUUACUUCGAGGUAGCGGGAGGUUCGAGUUAUCAGGAGUCGACUGUAUUCUUGAAUUACUUUUUGUAAUUUUCUGGCUUAUUGUAAGAGUCUAUCGUAAAAAAAUAAAUGAACAAAUAAAUAAACAAAGAAUAACAAUAAUAAUUAACUUUUUAUCUGUUGCUUUCACAGAAUGUUUCCUGUGAAAAAGGAGGCGAAAACGUUUGGUUUAAAUUUAUGGAGCUGAAAAAAAAGUCAGGGGAAAAAAAUAGAUAUCAUGGGUUUUUUAUACGAAAUAGUACAAUGUGUCUUACUAGCAGUUGUGAUGGAACCUUGUCUGUAGUGAAAGUUAACUCAACAGAUGACGGAAAAUGCUCCUUUAAACAGAAAAUUAUUAGAUGA